AUGUCAAGCACAUUCUCAAAGGAAGACGUGCAGUCGCACAACAAGGCCGACAACCUCUGGAUCAUCGUCGACGAGGACGUCUACGACCUGACCAAGUUCCAGGAAGAGCACCCCGGUGGUAAGAAGAUCCUGCAACGAGUAGCCGGAAAGGAUGCCAGCAAGCAGUUCUGGAAGUACCACAAUGAGGGCAUCCUGAAGAAGUACCAGAAGCAGCUCCAGGUCGGCUCCUUGGACUCGAAGAAGGCUGCCGCUCCCCCGACUCCUCCUACCACACCUCCCCCAGCAGCAAAGAAGGAAAAGGAAAUCGUCAAGCCCGAGGCCGAGUCGGGUACCGUGGCUCCCGAGCCUGGUGCCGAUGCAAAGGAGAUGGCCGAGGCUCUUGACCAAUUUGGUGACAUGAUCCCUGGAGGUGACCCCAACUGGUACCAAUCUUACCACUCCCCCUACUUCAACCAAUCCCACGCCGACCUCCGCGCCGAAGUACGAGAAUGGAUGGAGAACGAGAUCAUGCCCAACAUUACCGAAUGGGACGAAGCCAGAAAAGUACCAGACUCAGUAUACAAAGCUAUGGGAGAACGCGGUUAUCUCGCUGGUCUGAUGGGCGUUCACUACCCCAAGGACCUCACCGACAAGCGUGUCAAGUGCGUCGCUCCAGAGAAGUGGGACCUGUUCCACGAGAUGCUGAUCACCGAUGAGAUCUCGAGAGCUGGUAGCGGUGGCUUUGUAUGGAACCUGAUUGGUGGUUUCGGCAUUGGUGCCCCUCCAGUACUCAAGUACGGAAAGAAAGAGCUUGUACAAAGAAUCAUGCCCGAGAUCCUGAGCGGCGACAAGAGAAUCUGUUUGGCUAUCACUGAGCCUGAUGCUGGUUCCGAUGUUGCCAACCUCACUUGCGAGGCCAAGCUCAGCGAGGACGGAAAGCACUACAUCGUCAACGGUGAGAAGAAGUGGAUCACCAACGGUAUCUGGUCCGACUACUUCACCACUGCCGUUCGCACUGGUGGCGAGGGCAUGAACGGUGUCAGCGUUCUGCUCAUCGAGCGCAGUUUCGGCGGUGUCUCGACCAGAAAGAUGGACUGCCAAGGUGUCUGGUCGAGUGGUACGACAUAUGUCACCUUCGAAGAUGUCAAGGUACCGGUAGAGAACCUGGUUGGCAAGGAGAAUCAAGGUUUCAAAGUCCUGAUGACCAACUUCAACCACGAGCGUAUCGGCAUCAUCAUCCAGUGCCUGCGCUUCUCGCGCGUCUGCUACGAAGAGUCGAUGAAGUACGCCCACAAGCGACGAACCUUCGGCAAGAAGCUUAUCGAGCACCCCGUCAUUCGUCUCAAGCUAGCCCACAUGUUCCGCCAGAUUGAAGCAUCGUACUCAUGGAUGGAAAACCUUAUCUACCAGUGCCAGCAGAUGAACGAGGUGGAAGCCAUGCUGAAACUCGGAGGUGCCAUUGCCGGUCUCAAGGCCCAAGCAACCACCACUUUCGAAUUCUGUGCCCGCGAGGCAAGUCAAAUCUUCGGUGGUCUCAGUUACAGCCGUGGUGGCCAGGGCGCCAAGGUCGAAAGACUCUACAGAGAUGUCAGAGCCUAUGCGAUCCCCGGUGGCAGUGAGGAGAUUAUGUUGGACCUGAGCAUACGCCAGUCCCUGAGGGUGCACAAGGCUUUGGGCAUGAAGCUGUAA